GACCCCACGAUGACUCUGAAUAAUGUCACCAUGCGCCAAGGCACUGUGGGCAUGCAGCCACAGCAGCAGCGCUGGAGCAUCCCGGCCGACGGCAGGCAUCUGAUGGUCCAGAAAGAGCUCCCUCCGUACAACCAUGGCAACCGCCACUCUGCGGCCCCUGAGGACCAUUGUCGCCAGAGCUGGUCCUCUGAUUCCACAGACUCCGUCAUCUCCUCUGAGUUGGGGAACACCUACUACCGUGUGGUGCUUAUAGGGGAGCAGGGGGUGGGCAAGUCCACCCUGGCCAACAUCUUUGCAGGUGUGCACGACAGCAUGGACAGUGACUGCGAGGUGCUGGGAGAAGACACAUAUGAGCGCACCCUGAUGGUUGAUGGGGAGAGUGCGACCGUCAGCCUUCUGGACAUGUGGGAGAGUAAGGGGGAGAAUGAAUGGCUCCACGACCACUGCAUGCAGGUUGGGGACGCCUACCUGAUUGUCUACUCCAUCACAGACCGAGCAAGCUUUGAGAGGGCAUCUGAGCUGCGAAUCCAGCUCCGCAGAGCCCGGCAGACUGAGGACAUUCCUAUCAUUUUGGUUGGCAACAAAAGUGACUUAGUGCGGUGCCGGGAAGUCUCUGUCUCGGAAGGGAGAGCGUGUGCAGUGGUGUUUGACUGCAAGUUCAUCGAGACUUCCGCGGCUGUGCAGCACAACGUGAAGGAGCUGUUUGAGGGCAUCGUGCGGCAGGUCCGCCUUCGGAGGGACAGCAAGGAGAAGAAUGAGCGGCGGCUGGCCUACCAGAAAAGACGUGAGAGCAUCCCCAGGAAAGCCCGGCGCUUCUGGGGCAAGAUUGUGGCCAAAAACAACAAGACCAUGGCCUUCAAGCUCAAGUCCAAAUCCUGCCACGACCUCUCUGUGCUCUAG